AGUAAGACAACUCAUUGACAGCGAAUUGAAAUUUCCCGAAAAACUAAUAUCGAAAUUAUUGGUGUGAUAUCGUGUACCUUCUCGCCCCAAAAUCCCAGGCCAAAUUUGUUGUUUAUCAUCGCGUGUACAUUUUUGUCUUAUCUUAUCUUCCAGUUUGAUUGAGUGCGUAUAUUGGAGUCAUAUUUCAUGAAAGUAAGCAACUAUCGAAAAUUCGGCAACCAUGGCAUCUGUUCAAGACGUCUCCCCCUUGGAUCGUUUAAACCGAGAGUUCAUUGAAGCUGUCAGAGAAAUUAUGUACCUGGCCAUAAAAAUUGAUAGUCCUUAUGACAGAGUUAAAGUAAUGCACUGGGUACGACGUCUUAGAGAACAGGAUGAUACCAAACUGCGAGCAGCACAAAUAAGGAACGAGUACGCACAAUAUCUAAGAAUUAUGUUAAGUGGUGAAACUUUAUACUUCUGCGCUCCGUUCAAGAAAGAACCCCCCGAAGUACUAGCACCGCUACCAGAGGCGUUGACGAAUAUGAUGUCAGAGAAAUGUCCAGAUCUUCCGAAAACAGGACCAAUUCAGCCGGUGAUGUGCCACAAAACGACGGAUGGACGUGCCUAUAUGUGUGUAAAACGAUGUCCAGAGGGUGGUGUUUUUUGCUACCUUGCCGUUGCACCCAACCAGCUACAAGGCGAGGCCGAACCACCAGCGGAACCUAAGCCGCAUUAGGACAGUGAUAUCAAAUGAGAAUUCUACUUAAUACAACCCCGUAAAAAUGGAAGCAAUUCGACCUCAUGCGACCAAGUCACCUGGCCAACGUUUUCGACAUAAAUCACGGAAUGUGAAAUAUUAUCCACUUUUAAUAUGAUUUUGCCCAAGGGGUCAAGUGUUAUUGCAAUCAUAAUGGGGUCGUGUAUCGUGUUUUAUAUUCAUCACUUAUUCUCCCAUGUAUCUCGCAAAGUGUGCAUUGAGGCGUGUAAAAGUUACGGAAGAUAUUGAAUCCUUAUGCACCCCAGAAGUCGCUUUUAUAAACGUUUAAUUUCAAUAUGUAAAUUGGGGGAGAAUGGGUUUUAUAUGGAAAACAUGCACUUAUUAUGUACAUAUUUCAGGAAAACAAUUAUUCAUGAUGAAUAAAAAGCUGUGAUGAUUGUGAUA